AUGGACAGUUCUGGAUUUCUUUCUCCCAAAGCAAACGCUUUUUCCAUUGCGCACUUGAUCGAUAGAGCACAACUGGCAGACUUUGCGUUUUUCCAGCAGAAUCCCAGCUAUCACUGGAACUCCCAGGUUCUGAUGCGUGAAAUGGAAGGUAGAAGUGUACGUUUAACGCGCGCGCGCGAGAGCUGCUGGCUUGUAACCCUGGUGUCAUUGCCUUAAGUCCAUAUCAUUCUCCAUCAAUCAAUGAGUUCCACCACUUGGCAUUUGCGUUCCCCUGCGGUUGUACCCUUCAUCAUCGUCUGUGAUUUGUGAUUUCUUUUUCACAGAACGCCUCAUGAACGCAGGAACGGGUAAAAGAACGCCUUUGAGGAGAGCAGAUAACCCGCUGAUGCCUGACGAUUCGGAUGACUCCGGUGACAAUGUUCACUCUCCAAAUUCAAGUCCCCCAACGACCCAAUCUUCUUGCUCGCAAGCCAAUGUAAGGCCAUUGUGUGCUGGGCUUAUAAACGCAAGAGUAGAUCUAGAGAUGAAAAGCUUGUGGGACGAAUUUCAUGCUCUAGGUACCGAGAUGAUCGUAACCAAAGCUGGAAGGUCUGUAGUCCGUUUUUUUUCGUUUGGGCUGCAUUUGCUCUCUCUGACUAGACUGAUCUCAAUUUAGUUUUAGACCUCCUUACUCUUACUCUGUUAAUCCCUUAGUCCUUCAUGUAAAGAUCCGUAUUGUGACUCUAACAGAAAACUUCUUAAGCGGCACUUUGGCAGAGUCCUUUUUUCUUAUUUUGCGACAUGAAAUUUAGAUUUUUCACUUUUGACUUUGGUCACUUUUACCUGGAGUGGAAGCCUGGUUUGAUUGAUCUGUUCAACAUUAUACAAAAUUGACCAUGUUUAUAUGGUUAUCUCAAUGGUUUUAUUUUUUUUUUAAUCAAUGGAUCGAAAAGAUGUGUGGUUUUCUUUGAACACAUAUCAAAUUAAAGUUUCCGUGAUUUUUCCGUCUCUGAAGUCUUAUCCAGGUUACAACCGCAGGGAAAUUAGUUAUCUGGAUUCAUUUGCUUCUUGUUUGUGAAGCAUAAACAGGAAACCAAAAUCUUAAAGAUAAUGUACGCGUGGUUUAAGACUUUCAAGGCGCAAACAUAGAAGUAUAGACACUUCUUUCAAUGUUGCGUGUAGCAAGAAGCUAUAAAUCAGGCAAAACAUUUUACCCUCCUACCUCCGAUUUCAUCAGUACUCUGGGAUCAAAAAUCAUAUGAAAUUCCAUAUCACAGAGAGCCUAAAGACAAAUACUGCCACAUGGAAGGUCUAUUAAGAAGCUCAUUAACACGCCUGCCCAGUAUUUUAUCGAAACACAAAAACAAUCGCAACUCCGAACUGUCUUUGGAGCACUAGAGAUUGAUUAAAAUUUCUUCGGUUGAUUGAAAUAUCUUAAGAAUUGUGUAAAAUAUCUUAAUUUCCAUUGUUGUCUGCAAACUCACACAUAAUACCACGCGAAGACUCGUUUUUGUGUCGCAAAACUCAAACUGAGUUGGGAGUGUGUUAAGUAGUACCAUCAUAAUUUACUACACCAGCAGGAAAAGAUCUCAACAAAAAACGGAAAAGCAAGUAUUUUUGACCUUAUAUUUAUUCAUUUACCGAAAAGUCAAUCCUCGAUCCUGGGUACGAACUAAUUUCUUUGACUGUCCUGAAAGGUCAAAAUCAUUCAAGCAAUACUACGUUACUGAGCUCUUGAACGAGGUCAUAAUAACUUUUGUCUCAGAAAAAAAAAGAUCUCGAUGCCAUUGUUGAUAUCAACCUAUUCAAUUCUUAUGACGUCAAGUAUUAGUAUAGGUUCUGGCUUUGAGCUGCUUUAGUGCGUGUAAGUAUGACCAUUGGAAUCAAAGCUACUUUGUAGUAAUUUCCUGUGGUGUUUCUCUAUGAUGAUGUACUUGAUGUUUCAAACUUUAGAGUAUGGCCACUUAAAUGACAGCUAAAAGCAGCGUUCUCCUGUUGUACUGUUCAUUAUGCUGUACAAGGUGGCUCUAAAUCUUUACUUUGCAGAUGAAAUUCUGAAGUCUAAUUGUUAUAAUGAAACUAAUUAAGCAGUGCUUUCCUGUGGUUGGUUUUGUUUUUCUGAAAAAGGUAGUUCAGGCUUUUGAGAUUGCGGGUGAAAUCUUAAAAAAAAUAAUGAAAGCAGUACCUGCAGUCCUGAGAUUGUGAGUGCAAUCCCGUAAAAAAGAAAUGAAAGGAGUACUUUCAGCCCUGUGGUACAUGUUCGAAUCAGUGGAUGAAAUCAUUAUAAAUCUCUCAUUCUCUGUAGUAACAUAUAAUAGUAUGUUACUCUGUAGAUUUGGAACAUCUUUGUUUUGUAAGUCGGAACAAAAGAGUCAAAUAAGGUGAAGUUAAACGGGCGAGAAAAAAUUCACAUUCAUUUAGGAAUCUUAUUAACUGUACUAACAUGCAAACAUUUCAACUGCAAACAUUCUCAAUUCUAAAGCCUCAUUAACACCAAAGCUUAAACAUGUUUAAAACUAAAAGCUGAAGAGUUAAACAUUGUUUUAAUUUGUUUUCUUGUGAAAUGCUGCUUGCUGUAGUUUUAUCGAUGGCAAAUGUAGUGCAAUUAUGUAACAUGUAAAAGUCAAUUUGAAUUCUGUGUAAAAAGGCGGUGUACUAGUUUUUCAUUACUGUUUUUCACUUUUUUAAAACCUAGUUUAAACAUGUUAUAGUUGGUGUGAAUAUCAAAAACGUGGUCGAUUCUCGUGGGGGUUAGACUGUUCUUGAAAAGUGACGGUAAGACGUGGUACAUCUAAACGAUCUCACGAAAAAAUAGGGGACUGUGAACAGUCUACGUGGGGGUUGCCCUUCCGUGUUGGCGUGAUACUGCGAAGAGCCGUGCCAGCGGUGCACCAAUACUGACUCGAACUGGGCGUUUAAUCUCUCCAGUUGGGAUUGUAAUUGGUGCAUCUCGUAGUAGCAGAGAACACUAUCGAGAACUACAAUUCCUGUCGGCAGAUUUCUGGGGUGCAAGUUCUUAUCGAACUGAAAUGACUCUCUUAACAAAGCGUUUUCUAGCAGAGUUCUUAUACUUUAGUCGUUGAUUGUUCCAGUGAGCUUUUUUAUGUGACCAAAAACCAAAAUGUGGCUAUAUUUCUUUCAUCUUACCCAAGCUUGACCAAAGGUUUUGAGUACGUUUUUCAUGCAUUACUUAUUGCUACAUUUGAAUUGUGAUGCUCAAACAUUUUUCACUGGAAAAACUGGAAUGCUAAAAGUUAACCAUUUUUUUAAAACUUCCAUGAUAGACGAUGUAACUAUUAUACUGACUACUCUAGGUCUAAUAAAAGAAUAAGAUAAUCAGUCUCAGUUAUUAAUACCUCGAUGCGCCCACGGUAUUCCCCACCCAUCGGCUGGGGAGUACUACGGGUGCAUCCAGACACCCACGCCUCGCUGGAGGCUGAGCCUAAAGAGGUGGUUGAUUAUGUUAAUUCUUUUAAAUCCCGUUAGGCGCAUGUUUCCAACGUUCCAGGUGCGCCUGCAAGGUUUGGAUCCCUCGUCCAAGUACAUUCUUAUGAUGGACUUUGUCCCAGUGGAUGACAAACGUUAUAGAUACGCGUUCCACAGUUCCAAAUGGCUGGUAGCGGGUAAAGCAGACUCCAGUGUACCCGGGAGAGUACACAUUCAUCCCGACUCUCCCUGUACUGGACAGCAAUGGAUGAAACAAAUCGUUUCUUUUGACAAACUUAAACUCACAAACAACCUGAUGGACGACAAUGGGCAUGUAUGUUGUCAAUCAUAAUUUAAUUUAAAGAAAUAAGUUAGAAGAAACAAACAUUUUUUAUCAGUCUUUUACCUUUUAUGCUGUGUUAAAAGGGGGAAAUUUAAUGGUAGCAAACACCGUUGCUUCUUAAUUUUCUGAUAGUUCUCGGUAGAGAGUGCAGGUUACUCAGCAGCCUUUAUGCUUACAUAUUAGUCCAGGCCAGUUUGAAAAUAACACUUUCCAGAAUUCGCCAAAUCUCGAAAUCGUAAUGAACUAAAGUAAAUAUUGACCAAAAUAUACUCUGCGUUUACAAUAGACCUCUUUAGCUUGUCUGUAUUUGUUUUCCCAAUAGGUGUCCCAGGGCAACUUGUCCCUUUGUCUUUUUAAAAAAUAUGCGCAGAUAUGCACUUGAAUUAGACAAAAUUUGAAAGAAACAGUUCUUUAGAGUAGCCGAUCACAUGACCUGAAUUGGGGAAACAGAACUUACAAGCUAAAGAUCACAGGUCUAUUGUUGAGACACCUUAUUCGACCUUAUAUCUAUCAGUCGGCAUAAGCUUAUAUAAUUUGCAUAAGGUUUUCUCACAAAAGAGGCAAAAAAAGUAGGAAUAAGAAAGCAAGAAGUGAUGGCCUGAAACCAAAUUUUUUUAAUCUUACUUUUAUACGAGAAAUCCUCUGAAUGAGGAAUUUCCAUAAUGUCCUCUUGAUUUCCGUUAAAGAGGGCUUUUACAGCGUCAGGAGCCGAUUACUUUUUUCAAACCGGACGCAUUUUACGCCUCAUAAGACUGCAGCUGCUUUUUCAGGAAAUCCUUUGUUUACUUUUGAGUCAACAACAUGCGGUAAUUCUUUCAAACCGCAGUAGACUAAUCAUGAAAAUUAGAUUAAUCCUUGGUUCCAACAUGGAGUCCUUUGAGUUAAAUCUUACAGCCCUUUAAGGUCAAGUUAACUCUCUCAGUAGGCAGUAUUUGGAUGUAGGCGUUUCCUUUCUCAUUUCUUAAAACAAAUAACUGAGUUUGAUGCUCAAGCCCAAAUUAUCUCUUUGAAGACGUGAGUUUUGGACAAACCACUGAGUUGUUGGCAAUUAUUAAUAUGCACUUUCCCUCACACUUUGAUACAAAACAGUCAAUCAAAUACGGAUUUAUUUUCUUGAAGAUGAGCUAAAUUUUCCGGUUUUGUUUUUUAUCUCCUUUGGAGCGAAAUGACCGAGGAUUAUCGUAUUAACCAGGGAUCAUGCCUCUCUUGUUAAAUUGAACUGUUUACCACACAAGAUGGCCACCACGCGAAGACCAUCAGUAACUUUAAUUCCGGGUGGGGGUCAGAAAAAUGUGGAAGAAGACUGAUUGCAAAAUUAAACCAAUUAGCAUUUCUCCGCGUAAUCUUUCAGCUCAUGCCACAAGUUCCUAACUUUUUUAUUUUGUCUGAAAAGCGCCGUUUUACAGCGAGCCUUUUUUUUAAAUCAAAUAUUCCUCUUGAAACAUCUCAGCAGUACAAACCGCUUGAUAGUCUUCCAGUGAACCGCCUUUCGCCAAACUUUAAGCAGAAUAGGAAUCACCCCACAUAGAGGAGAUAUAUCUCUGCAGUGAGUAUAGUUAGGGCCUCGCAUUAUUUGUCUUGCAGAUUAUCUUAAACUCAAUGCACAAGUACCAGCCUCGAUUCCACGUGAUUUUGGACGAAUCAGGGAAAGGCAAUUCCAGGACGAGUCUUUAUGAAAUGAACAGAGACCAUCUGCGCACGUUCAUUUUCACUGAAACGCAGUUUAUGGCUGUUACUGCUUAUCAGAAUCAUAUGGUAUGUACUAGUGAAUAUACAGUUGAACCUCAAUUAAGCGGCCAGUAAUCAAAAUCGCCAAUUGCACUUCUCCCAGCUGCACCUUGUUUGCUCCCCAAAAUUUCGCAUAAGCAUUGUUUUCAAUUUCUCUUGGGGCGGCUGUAAUACCCAGGGGAAAUGAAAAACAAAAGAAAUGCAAAAUUGGGGGUGGGGAGGGGGGCAGACAAUUUGUGUUAUGGGAGAUCAGCGUGCAAAUGGCGAAUUGUAGAAAAGAAUGGGAACCAAAACCUCUAUACUAAGCGGCCACCUCUAUUAAGCAGUCAGAGAUAGAAGGGCCGAAACGACUGAUUUUGCCGGACCAGUGGUGCUGGUCCGGUCGUGUGUUUGUUUCAAAAUAAGGUGAUGUUUCUGUUAAGAACGGUCACGCAGAGAGAAGGAUAAAAAAUUUGUCUAUGUAGACCAAAUUUUGGCCCACAGAAAUUUUCAAAGGAUCGUUCUUGGGAAAAAAUUUGUAUAGAAGAAGGCCGUGAUAUGGUCAUUCAAAGACAGUGAAUUUUAGCCAAGCCUUUUUUUCCUAAUGGGCCCAUGAAAUUAAGGCGUUGUGUUUCAUUUGCCAUCAAUCAAAAAGUGUCUUUUUAUAUUAGACUUGCAAUGUGAUGUUUAAUUAAAAAUUAGAUGACACGUCUACUUAGAAAAAAGGAAAAAUAAUCAUAGCUGGGUAUGAUGGCGAGGGCGGGCUUGGUACAAUGUUUGUCGACGAAUUAAGGAAAAAAUGUUAGAAAACCAUAGAGCCAAACGUUUUUUUUAGAGAGCCCAUAAAAUUCAGGUGUUGUCUUUCAUUUACCAUCAUCAAAAAGUAUCAUUCUUACGUAAGACUUGCAAUUUGAUGUUUAAUUAAAAAGAAAAUCAGACGUGAGCAUGAUCACGAGGGAAGGCUAAUUAACUUUGCAGGUAUAAUUUUUGUCUACGAACUUACCAAAGAAUGUUUAAAACCAUCGAAACAACAUUUGCGCGUUAAAAAGGCUUUCUAACUACCCGAACUUCAAGAGGAGCUAUUCUGCCUUCGAACAUUUCAACUACUCACUACUAAUACUACUCGUAAGUUGGAAGAUUGAAAGUGGAAGUGAAAGUGUCAUAGAAAAAAGAAAAAUUGGCAAGUCAAUCAAGUGUAACCUCUUAUAAAAUUAAAAACAAUUUUGAAGGCAUCGCUUCCUCGUGAUUGUCCACACUAUAUUAUACCUUUGCCUACCCUGCGAACAGUCUCCUUCGGUCUUCCUAGAUAAGUCGGGAAUAGGGUGCCGGAGCUUCCUCUUUCGUCUCUUCUUUCUUUUUUUCCAUGUCUUUCACUUCUUCUUUCCUGACUUAUCUAGGAAAGAUCGAAGCGAUCCUGCUAGCAGGGUAACCUUUGCUCCACAGCUUUUUGUGCCACAUAAAAUUCAAUGAUUAUUAUACCAAUGUCGGUCACCAAUCGUUUCAUUCGGCAGGUCUAGAAAAAUUCUUAAAUGUUCACAAAGUGUUUUUAAUUUUUUUGCGCUUGACACCCAGCACCUUCACAAACCCAGAGUCUCUAGAACUAUCUUCGAAGCAAAGGCAAGACACUACAGUCAAUUAAAAAACAAACGACUUAUAUCAAGGCGAAUCAGACUAAUUUAACUGGCAACGAUCCAUAUGUAUUAUCUUGUUAAGCAUGUCUAGAAAAAUUGCCUCAUUGCCUUCACUGCACAAAACUCGUUCCUCUCGUUCUAGAAGGACCUGAGGUCAAUAUCCACAUGCGGUACCCGUGGGUCGCCAACAACUGUUUUUAAAGCCUAUAAACAGGUCAUUUGUAAAAGGAAGCCAAUUAUAUUAAAGUAAUACUAGGUAAAAUUAAGUUAUAUUUGAUGGCUAAAAUCUCAGUGUGGGGUGGAAUUUUUUGCUAAAAACAGAACUUGGGUCAAGACAUUACGCCUUUUUGCAAAGAAAUGAGCGGUACUUUCGGUAACAAAAAGUUCAGUUUUGCAAAUGGCCGCGUUUUCUGG